CUCCUCGCCGGGAGAACAAACCCAGCUCUGAUAGCGAAAGUACGAGCUCAGCGCAACCUGCGAGCCGCUCCACACACAUUAACAUGGCUCGGCGGCCGAGAAACAGUGUUUACAGUAGUGAGGAGGAUGAGGAGGAGACUGAGAUGUAUGAACAUGAUUAUGAUGGAUCUCUGGCCAAGGCGGGGAAGCGCCACCUUGGCAAAACACGCUGGACACGAGAAGAGGAUGAGAAGCUGAAGAAACUUGUCGAGGUUCAUGGAUCAGAAGACUGGAAAGUCAUUGCAAGCUUACUAACUAAUCGUACAGAUGUGCAGUGCCAGCACAGGUGGCAGAAGGUGCUCAACCCAGAACUCAUCAAAGGGCCGUGGACCAAAGAAGAGGACCAGAGGGUGAUCGAGUUGGUCCAGAAGUACGGAGCCAAGCGCUGGUCGGUGAUCGCCAAGCAUCUGAAAGGGCGUAUCGGUAAGCAGUGCCGUGAGCGCUGGCACAACCACCUGAACCCGGAGGUGAAGAAGACCUCAUGGACCGAGGAGGAGGACCGGAUCAUCUACCAGGCUCAUGAGAAGCUGGGAAACCGCUGGGCUGAGAUUGCCAAGCUGCUACCUGGCAGGACUGACAACGCUAUAAAGAACCACUGGAACUCCACCAUGAGACGAAAGGUGGAGCAGGAGGGCUACCUGCAGAGCGCGACGAAGAACAGCAACACCUCGCUCUCCAUCAGCCACGGCUACAUCAAGACCAACAAUCACAUCAUGGGUUUCUCCCACCACUCGUCCAGUCACGCGCAGCUGCCUCCCUUGUCACCGCUCCACUAUCCCUACAUUUCCGAUGCACAAAGAGUACCGUUGCCGCUGGCCUUGCAUUUGAGCAUGCGGAACAUUCCCCAGCCCGGAACCGCUGCUAUACAGAGACACUAUAGCGAGGAGGACCCUGAGAAGGAGAAGAGGGUGAAAGAGAUCGAACUGCUGCUCAUGUCAACAGAAGAUGAGCUGAGAGGCCAGCCAUCAUUACCAAUGAAUUUGCCUUAUCCCAGCUGGGUCAGCCAGAGCUCUUUGACCAACUGCUCAGAUGGCGUAAUGUUAUUACCUCAUCACCAGGCAGUCCACCAGGCAGCCCCUGCCCUGCCUCUCGACCAGAGCUGCCUCCCUGAGGAAAGCGCCUCUGCAACACGUGCCCAUAGCAAUAACGGCAACAACAAUAACAACAACAACAACAACAACAACAGCAGCCAUCACAGCAGUCCGACGUUCUCAAAUACUCUUCCAGAGUUCAUGGAGUGUGUCAUCGAUUCAUUUCUCAACCAGUCCAUGAGCCCAGAACACUCUGACAGCGACAGUUUACCAGUGAGCUCGCCUGUGGACUCCAAGCCUCUCAUCGACCACACUAUCAGGCCCCAGAAAGAGAAUGAAAUGUUCAGAACGCCAAACAUUCGCCGUUCGAUCCUGGAAUCUUCCCCUUGUACACCCACACCUUUCAGGUCCGCCCUGGCCAUGCAGGAGGCCAAAUAUGGACCCCUCAAACUACUGAACUCCCCUUUGGAGCAGCAGAUGGUAGAGUCCAUCAAGCAGGAGCCGAUGGAGUGCGCCAUCGAUCAGCCUCCUCUGAAGAAGAUAAAACAAGAGGUGGAGUCUCCAUGUGAGAGGAGCCCGUGUAUGCAGUGGGAAGGACAAGACCUUCACACGCAGCUCUUCUCCCCGAACGGCCCCGCACAGGAAGUACCUGAUCUACUUACCAGCUCAUUACUGAGUGAAGAUGGACACAAAAUCUACCACCUUCCUCACAGAGGCAUUGGCAGCCCACUACAGCAGCUCAGCUCCUGGGAGCAGGUGACCUGCGGAAAAACAGAGGAACACGUUUUGGCGUCAGAGCAGAGUCACAAGUACAUCAACACUUAUCCUACGAGGACACUGGUCAUGUAGACACAUGAGACACAUGUUGAACUGCAGAGAUCAACACACCCUGCGCUGGACGCAGCGCCGCGGAUUACAUUUUUGUUGUGGUACAACAGUUGGGAGAGGCUUUUUGCCAUCAGUGUUUUUACACUCACACUUGUUGGAUUUCAACCAACCAAAGACUAAACUUUUUUUUUUAGGAAAUCUUUUAUAUAGAAUUUGCUCUGGGUUCUGUUGUACAUCUUAUUACUUUUGGUUUUGUUGUUGUUAUUAUUGAUGUUGUAUUAUAAAUGGGUAACGGUGGCUAUAUAAUUUGCAUUGGGCUGUAUUAUUAAUUCCGAAUUUUGACAUUAAUAUAAAGAACAAGUUAAUUUAUUUCUUUUUGUUUUGAUAAUGAUGUUGUUGUUUUUUACAAUUGGCCACUGGAGCAGUGUUGUAAGUUAAGUAUUUAAGCCCUGUUAGCAUUAUCAUAAUCCAAAGUCAUGUUAAUGAAUUCAAAACUGACAGUUAAUGAAUUCAAAACUGACUGAUACUUUUCUGUUUUUUUCUGAUUUUUUUUUUUUUUUUACUGGCUUCAAUGUGUCUACUGAGAAUUUCACGUGUUUGGUCUGUGCCACCUCAUGUAAACACUUAACUACUGAGCAAGAACAGUCGUUACAUGAUCAUGAAUGAUCAUGUUUUAAGGGGCCAGCUUUAUUAGUAUUACCAUGGCACCUUUAUUUCAUAAAAAACAAUUUCAAAAAGUUUUCAUUUCAGUUCAUUUCUGGCCAUCACAGUAUCCUGAAUGGAGAAACACUGAACAAACAUUAUAUGUGUUUAAAAUUUUAAGUAUAUUUAUUUAUACUUUUAAAAAAAUCUUAAAUGAGCUUAUAUGUUUGAAACCAUGAGCUUCACCCAGUAAGAGUAAGACCAAGCUGCACUUGAAUAUUCUAUUCUCCAUUAAAAAAAAAGCAAGAGUACUAAACACUGAUAUUUUAUAUUAUGCUACAAACGAAUCCCAAAUGAAACUUUUGUAUGUUUAAAACAUUUCUUUUGUAUUGUUGUAUAAUGCAUUUUCAAUCAGUUUUCUUACUAAAACUGCAGUAGCCCAUGUCAAACACUUAGCAGACAAUCUUUUUUUAUACGCCUUGUUUUUAUACUAGCUUUUGAGCGGAAAAUGAUUUUAUAAAAGCAUUUAUACAUGCCAAGUUUUCAUGUUUUUAUACUUUUCUAUACUGCCUAG